CGUGGAACAACCAACACGCGCAAUAAAAGUAGCAACGCCAAAUAUCAAAAGAUGAGGAUGAUUCACACAUAAUGCUUUAUGUUUCUGGCAUACUCUGAGAGCUGGAUAGAUCAACUAAAGGCAUCAAAGAAAACCGCAAUAAUAAGCGAUGGAAAAAGGAAAGUUCAUUAUCUGUUUGGUGAUGGGAAAGAGAUGGCAGAGGAAUAUGACAUGAAAACCGACGAGCUCAUACUCAGAAAGUGGCGCAUGAAAACUACCCUGGGUGGUCAUGGAGCGUGGCAAGUCGAGGUCGGCGACCCUCAGCCAUCACCAGUUCAAGGGGAGCAAGAAACAAUCAGGGAAAGCAGCUCCAAUCCUGUAUUCCUACGCAACGACACAAAAAGCAGUUUUCAGUGGAGAGUCCGGAAUCUUCCAUACCCUAAAGAAGUCUACAGUCUGACAGUGGAAUCUGUGGAACGUUUCUGCACCAUAAGAACUUCCAACAAGAAGUAUUACAAGAAGUUCACCAUUCCAGAUUUAGACCGCUGUCAGCUUCCUCUCGAAGACUCGGCCGUCAGCUACACGCAUGCCAACAACACGUUGAUCGUCAGCUACAAGAAGCCCAAGGAGAUUCUAAGCCUGGAGCAGGAGCUUAUGAAGGAGCUGAAGAAGCUGAAGGGAUCGAAUGAAGGAGACAUCGACUGCAAAACCCAGUGAGGACCCAAGGAUCGGUCCUCAAGGACUCACCCCACAUCGUUUGGUACUCAAAAAAAGACCCCUGGCCUGCCGAGUUCUGCUAAUACAUAGGGCCGUUCUCAUUUGUGUUUUUAUCUAUCCUCCCUACCCUUCCUUCUUUCCUUCCUCGAUUCUCUGGCUCGUUCCCACUGAUCUAUAAAGAACAGUGGAUAAACUAUUCCCUUGUUGCCACCCCAUCAUUUCUUUGUUUAGAUCAGUGAGAAUGAGGAUCGAGGAAGGAGGGGAGGAUAGAUAAAAAGACGAAUGAGAAGGGCCCAGAGGGAACUUCCGAUCAGCAGUUUCUGGGAGGAAUAUAGUGGAACAUUUCAGAAGUGCCUGAAGAAAACUGUAUUAAUAUGUGAAUGGUUGAGUGGUUUCACUAGAAAUCUGAACUUUGGGAUAUUGAACAUUUCGUAGAUUGAAGUGAAAGCUAUGUGUUUCUUCUUCAAAUUAUUGCAUUUUCAUUAAGUUCAGUUCAUGUAUUACAGUCAGUCAUUUAAUUGGUGUGCCUGUUUUGCAUUCAUGAUCAUCAUAGCUCACAACUGAACUGUUCUAGAACAUCCCUGAUGGGUUGCUUGCGGCUUGUGUAUAAGUUAAGGAAUAAAUGUUUCAAACUGUA